AUGCGCCUCGACCCAUAUCCCUCCAACCUCUGGCAAAAUCAACCACCCAACCUGCAACGGUCACAUCCUUUGGAAGUUCUACCUCCAGCCCUCAACUUGGAUAAACUCAAGAUUUCACGAACCCAUUCACCACAGAGCAUGGCGUCCGACUGCCCCACACCUUCCUACCCCUCUCCGUUUUACAUCAGUGCUGAAUUUCCUCGCUUCGCUAUAUCCUAUCGCUGGUGGGAGGACGAGGCCAGAGCUGUCUUAUGGGCCUUCAAUAUCCCCGAGAUCUGUCAGGUCAUCCGCUAUGGACUGUUUCAGGACGAGAAUUUCCCGCGCAGCUCUCUUCUCAGCCGAAACGCAGACACGAUUGAUGCUUUUCUUGUAACACUAGCACAGCGCCAUGAGCAUCAGCUGCUGGGCAAUCUGUCGCAUGUGCAAAGAGUGGAAGAGAUCCUGCGACGCUCUCGAAUCCCUCCUCUUCAGCCAGUGCCAUGGAUGUGGUUCCCGCCCCAGCCAGCCCAUGAUCUCGACGCCCGAGAGAUCGCCAAUGCCAUCGAGGCCGAAAGUCAUCACCAAUUUCGCAAGAUCGCAUUUGAAGAGAUCGUGCGCGCCUCUCUGGGAUAUAAUGCGCCCUCGGUCGAAUGGUUCCUGCUCCAACACACCGUGCUUUGUAUUUACUUGGUCGAUCAUUUGCGGACAUACCCAAAGGAUAUCUCUCUCUAUCUGAAAGUAGAGGAGACAUUUGCCCCCGGUUUCGCCUUCAUAGCCGAGCCCGUACAGGCAUUGUUCAGAGACCAACCGCCGAGUCUGACGACAAUCUUGAAGAUUAUGAGUGUUCUCGCGAUUCGAUUCAGGCAUCGAUAUACCCACUGCGCCAGAAUGCAGUGGCAUCAUCCAUUCGACACGUCCAUUCUGUUCCUGGAAGAUUAUCUGAAUGCCACAUCACCCAAAGACUUGGCGCGCACGUUGACACGUACAGAUGAGCUUGACUUUUCGGGACUGGCUCGCCAGAAUAUCGUUACAAACGAUAUUUUCGUACAAGCAAUCUUGACCAAUUGGCAUGAGCUCACGACCUCAGUGUGGGAAUGUUGCGCGGCACUACCUGACAUUGUCCCAUUUUUGCAAGAAUGCACCCAGAUACUCCUCGAAGCAAAGAACUAUCAUUCUUUGACAGCUCUUGCUGCAGGCCUGCGAAGAUACAACAUUGCAAGCGCACAGUCGCGCGGUCUCAUCAGCACUGGCAACGGAGUUAUUACUCUGCAUCCGAUCCUCCCACCUGAGGUUGACAUGAUCAUCGACACAGCCCAGAAUUAUGACUCUUAUCAACAGCACUACCAAACCAACCCGGGAAUUCCGUUCCUGACACCUCAUAUCCGGGAAUAUCAGCUCCACGGUGAACCUGCAAUCCGAGAUUUGCUCUUGUAUCUUCAACGUCAACCAUCCACCGAGCCAUGA